AUGGCGACUCCAUCUGAUCACGUGUUACUCCGUCCUUUUAAUGAUGUGACGAAAUGGGCCAAGUUUGCGCUUUCACAGGCCAAUGGGCAUUCAUCAGACCAUGGCUACCAACAGACGUCACUUCACCAUUCGUCCCAGUCGCUAUUGAGAGAAGGGGAGCGAGCUUUGCGACGCUUGGUACCACUGCUUGCAGUGUCUUCUCCUCAAUUGACUGAAUUCCUAAGGCAUCUGACCUUGCGCAACGAAGAUGUCGUUUGUCAAGUUCGAUCGAUUGACAUCUUACUUUAUGAUUUUGAAGAUUUCAUUGAGCCACAGACUUUUGACAAGGCCAAGUUUGACGAGCUUCAAGCUGCGACAAAGGAAUUGGCCAUCACUCUUGUAGAAGAGAUUACACGGUUUACAACAAAGUCGGCUCUGGAAUCAUCACCGGCCCCCUCAAAAUUCCCACCUCUUCCACCUCUUCCACAAUUUACCAGUCCUCCCGAUGUGGCCAGAUCGAGCUCUCAGAUGUCCAUGCGGCCUCCGAUCAACACUGCGAGAUCUGGGUCUAGUCUUGGUCAACAUCAGCAAAGACCCUCCCUGAUCGGUGGUUCAGAACAACGUGACAGAUCUCACUCUGCGGGACGUGCAUUGAGAACUGCUGAUUAUUCUACGUCACGGUCACCAAUUACCCCAAGUGGCCUCGCUUCUCCAGUCACCUUGCCUUUGACAAGCAAAUACGCGAUUCCAGAGCAAGAGGCCCAAACCUUCCGCUAUGUCCAGGCUCAUCGACGACAAGACAGUGAUUCAGAUGCGAUUUUAAAUAGUUUGCAGGGUCUGGAUAUUGGAGCCAUCACUCCUCCAAGCUCAGUUGCAUUGUCCCCCAAGUCAACAGGCUACCAGAACGCAGCCAACCAAGACACAAGGGGCUCCUUCGGUUACAAUCAACAGGAUACUCCUCCGCCAUCCGUGACUACUGAGCCAGUUUCGCAACACGAUUGGUCUGCAGCCAUUGACCAACAAUCAGCUGCUGUCCCACGCCCAUCAUCUGUGACAGCUUCCCAAUACACCAGCCCAAAGCUCACAGAAUACCGGAAUUCGGGGUCCUACAUACCAUCUGCAGCGCCGCCAGAACAUUCACAAUUGUUCAUUGUCACCCAAGGGUCAGCACCAUCCAUACGAUCAGACGGAAGCGGUACGUCAGGUUCCAAAGCAGUAUCAACGUCUUCUAGCUCGAUAAGAAAAGAUUCUACCUCUAUGAAAAGCAUACAGUCUCUACCGACCUAUGAGAUCGGAUCAGACAGCUCUCUGGCCCUACUGGGUGGUCUAUGUAAAGGAGCUCGAGCUUUUACCUCUGCAGGUCCCGGACAGGCCAUCAAAAGGGUUGGCGGCGGUUCAGACGGUGCAACAAGACCCAGAGAGUAUUCUCAAGAAACUUUAUUUGGGCAAAUGCUGGAUAAUCCGACCGAGACUUUCACAGAACCAACUGCACAGUGUCUUCAUUGUGAGUACAAGACUCCCUACUCCCAAUUGCGCCAGGAUAUGGAUCAAGAUCCAUUGGCCAGCCAGCAGACGAGAGGUAUUCUUCACCGUCCUCGCUUCCUCUUCAAAUCUCAUAUUGCAGUCCGGAACGUCAACUCGGUGUACUUUGGUUGUCUCUUUUGUGACAAGACAAAGUCUACUCUCCAGGAAGACGACGCUACCGUGUUUCAGUCAAUCGAUCUCCUCUUUCGUCACAUUUCUCGGCACGGCCAUCCCUUGUCGCAUGUUCCGGGCGUGGAAGUAGUCUACGAGCACAGUGAUAUAAACUCACGAGGGCGCCAAGACUGCGAUUUAUAUAUCCCAAAUUCUACCAUGACUACUCUACAUGGCGUGACCCGAACCAACGAAUCAAAUCGACUCCCAUCGUUGCCGGUCGCCCGGGCGGUAAAAGACCACAUUCGGCGGACUAAUGAGAAGCCACAAGCAAGACCUGAUGCAACCUCGGAGAUUCUGCAGUUCUUCUCAGGGGCGAGGAUAGUUGGCGUCGAGUUCCCGGAGAAGUGGGACGGGAAGUGGUGCCAAGGCUGGCACGACGGUGUAUUUGGAACGUUUCCAAGUAAAUUAAUCAGCUUGGAUAUGCCACGGCAUGUCAAGAUCGCUUCCUUACCGAAUACGCCGCGAACUGGAGUAGUCAGAUGGAAAUUCGAGAAGCAAAGGCAGCCUGGCUGGCUGGCACUCAAGAAAGGCGACAUUAUCUAUAACCUUGCUUGUGAGUUCUCUAUCAUCAACAACAUGACCAAGAUUGACACUUACACUGCCUACAGGGGAGGAUCCACAUGCGUGGUUCUGGAGUGGUUCAAAUGCCAAGAGAGAGUAUGGAAUAUUUCCGAGGUCUCAUAUCUUAAUUGA